AUGCUUUGGACGCUGCCAGGCCCCGUGCGCUCUUUGGCACAUGUCACUCAUCGCCGAUACAAGUCUACGAACGCUUCACUCGGGAUAUCGGAACAGUUGCGCAUAUUGUUCUGCGGCGCCGAUGAAUUCAGCAUUGCAUCCUUGCGCGCAGUAGUAGCAGCACAACGGCAUGUACCAGGUCUCAUACAUGACAUCCAUGUACUCCACCGACCAGCAAAGCCAACAGGCCGGGGGCUAAAGACGCUGAGAGAGGUACCCAUCAAGCGAGUAGCCACCGAAGAGCUCAACUUGUCCACCCAUGCAGUUGACACCUUCACAGGCUGGACUCCGCCCAUUCCCAUCAGCCUUAUUAUUGCUGUCUCCUUUGGUCUCCUUGUCCCGCCUCGCAUUCUCCGUCAUGCGCAAUACGGCGGCUUGAAUGUGCACCCUUCGCUGCUUCCAGACCUGCAUGGCCCAGCCCCCAUUGAACAUGCCAUCACCAAAGGACGCGAAUACACCGGUGUCACUGUCCAAACACUACAUCCGCUACAUUUUGAUCAGGGUACUAUCCUUGCCCAAACGCCUCACCCGGGCGUUGCCAUUCCCCACGGAACAACGGCUCCGGAAUUGGAGCGGCAAUUGGCAAAGGCAGGUGCAGAACUACUCGUACAUGUGCUCAAGUCGCGCAGAUUUGUGCCCCCACACGAGCCUGCGGGAUGGUAUGCCACCUCCAAUGGUCCCGUAAGCCACGCGCCCAAGACCACAAAGCAAGACCGAUUCGUCGACUUUGGACAGCACACGUUGGCCGAAAUUCUGGCUAAACUGCACGCUUUCGGCGACUCGUGGUGCACGCUACCCAACGGCGAUCGCCUCAUUCUCCACGAUAUCGUGGAUACAGGCAUGAUCGAUGCAGCGCAACGUGCGCCCGGCAUCUUUAUAGACCCAACCCUGACAGCCACGCCAAACCUGCUCCUUAUACGAGCAGCCUGCGGCAAGAUCGCUUCUCUGAAUAAGAGCACAUAUGAGGGAAAAAAACAUGGUUUUGGAAACGAAAAAUUGAUGCGCAUGUUGGCUCCUGCGUGCGUAUCAUCAUAG